GACGGCGGACGGGCAACGGCACCGUCGCUCGUCGGGGUGGCGGCGACUCACCUCCAUCUGGUUCACCGUCGAAUUUGGGCGCGGUUUUCGCGCGGUACGCUUCGCCUCGUCCGUCGCUGCGCGAGUAACUGCGUGCGUAAGCGUCUGUUUGCUCGCUCGCUCGCGAGGAGGACGCGGCCUCUGUGCUCCUGCUACUCUCUCUCUCUCUCUCUCAGCGCGACCAGUCACCGUCCCUCACAAAGGCUCUACGGCCACUAAACGCACGGUCGCCAUGGUGCACGCUGGUAGCGCGUAGACGCUACGCUCUACACACCUACCACUACGGCCAACGGAACGGUGGAGACGCUGGGGAUCACGUGACGCGCCUCUCAACCAGCAUACGUCACGCAGGUUGUGAAACAGUUUAGGACGCCAUUCAAAAGAGGACUGGUAGCGCCAGCUAGCGGUAAGCGAGGGAAUUUCGGGGGAGUCAAUGGACUAUAUCUAGGGCCAUCUAAUGGUGUCGUGAGGAACCUGAUCUCCGAAUAAAUGCUACUGUAUCCCAGUUCAAAUAUUAGCAAAUUAAAAAAAUCAGCUUUUCCAAGAAAAAAGUUAGCAUUGAUAGCUGGUAUUGUGUGGGAGGGAAUUUCUAACCGGCACUGGGUUGAGGUUAUGUUUGGAUGCUGGAGCUGUUUUGAAGACAUGGAUCGUGACGCGUAGACAAGAAACGACCAGAUUGCGUCUACAAGAAGUUGGCAGUGGGGAAUACAAGUUACAAAUUCUUUGAUCUUGCAGCGAGCUUAUCGUACACAUGAAAUAUGACUUCGUUUGUAGCAGAUGUACUGGCCACGGCAGGAAAACUGGAGAAACUGAGCCUUCAGAAAAAUAUCGUGGAUAUACAGAAGGAGAUAACGAGGCUGGAAUAUGAAGUCAGGGAUUUCAUGGAUGAGAAUUACGAUGAGUUCAGUGCAAAGCUGAUGAGGGACGUGCACUUGGUUAAGAAGACCGAGCAGCUGCUGGAGGAGAUGAGCAUCUUGCAGAGCAGAAUAAACGAUCAGGUCAAAAUAGAGCUGUCAGGCUCGACGAAGGAGCUGAAGAGCCUGUCGCAGAUGUUGAAGGAGUCAAACGUCAGCCUGCAGCUGUCCCACCAGCUGAUAGAGCUGCACGAGUGCGUGAAGUCCAUCAGGAAGUUGCAGGAGGAGAGGCGAUUCGUCGAGACCACCAAGACCCUGCUGCAGAUGCACACCUUGCUGCACAAUCCCAGCAGCGUCGUGCACGACCUCGAGAUCUACACCGCGAUCAAGAACGAGUACUGCGAGCUCUUCCGCUCGUGCCUGACGGAGGUGUCCAGGUUGUUGCGCGAUCGGAUCUGCUGGAGCAGCGACGCGAAGGACGCCGGCAAGACGAUCACCUCGCUCACCAUCAAAAGCGAGCACGACGACAUACAAGAGCUGAUACAAGGCCUGCACAUCGUCGACCAUCUCGAGAACGAGCUGCAGACGUUCUCCGCGAAGCUGAUGGAGCACAUCAUCAACCCCGUCAUUCACGACCACUGCUCGGUCUACGUCGUCAUGGAGAAAGUGUUCACCGUCGAGGUGCUGGAGAGAAAGAAGACGCCAUGCUACAAAGGUGUGCUGUACAACCUGCAGCUGCUCUUCAAGUUCCUCCACCAACACCUGAACCUGAAGGUCGCGGACGACGAGACCUUCCUGAAGAGGAUGCGGCCGCACUUACUGGAGCAGCUGUCGCACUCGUUAACGACGGACUGUAUCUCCCACACCAUCCCGACUUCCAACGCCGACCUGAAGAACUUCGAGCCUGUCGUCGAGGCGAUUAACGAAUUUCAGGUCUACCUGGUGGAAAUCGGGUUCCUCUCCAAGGACCAGCUAUUCUUAUCGGAAUACACGAACAAUAUUGACAAACUGUUCAUCGACAGGAUAUGCCAGGACCUGCUGAUGAAAGCACGAAAUAUCGUCAAGAAGGACUUACACGACUCCGUUCGAUAUGAGCCGCAGGAGCCGCCGAAAUUCAUAAGUAGAGAGUUCGAGGAGGAUUGCGAGUUGACCAUCGAAAAGAAGCUGAGCGACAUGUCAUUUCAAUUGCCAAGAUGUCAGAUAAGCAAAAGCGCGGUGGAAACGCUGGAAUUAGCGAGGACGAUACUGGACGAGGCCCGCGACAGUUCGGACGCUUGCGCCGUUAGAUUAUUUUACACCUGUAGGAACGUGUUCGGGAUGUACGCCGGGCUGGUGCCGGAGCAUCACAGGAAGUUCCUGGACACGAUACCGCAGCAAGUCGCUUUGUUUCACAACAACUGCAUGUACCUGGCCCACCACCUGCUCACACUGGCGCACGACUACAGAAACAAGUUCUCGAAGAACCUGCAGAGGUUGAACCUGACAUUCGCCGAUCAAGUCACGGUGCUGCGGGACGUCGGCUCAAGGUGCUUCCUCGAGCACAUGAGGUACCAGAGGAACAUCAUUUUCGACAUCAUCAAGGACUCAGGUUUCACUUCGUUGGGUCAAACGCCCGAGUUGCAUCCCAGCACCGAACGCGCACUGAGACAAUGCAUCAGACAGCUGGAACUACUGAAGACAGUUUGGCUGGACGUGUUGCCCGUAAACGUUUACUGCAAGGCUGUCGGUUGCAUCACGAAUUCCAUGAUCGACGAUCUGGUGACGAAGGUGAUUUCCGUCGAAGAUAUCCCGGUCGACGUGGCGAGGGAACUGGUGGUGCUGUUCAACGUGGUGGUGAAGAGGACGCCGCAAAUAUUCCCGGAUCCGAGUAAGAUUCAGCGACACGUGCGCAAGUGGGGCAAGUUUUUGGAGCUGAUCAAGCUACUCGGCGCGUCACUGAAGGAGAUCGAGGUCAGGUGGGGAAACGGGAAAGGACCGUUGGCGCAGGAGUUCACCGCUCCGCAGGUGAAGCAGCUGAUCCGCGCUCUUUUUCAGAACACCGAUCGAAGAUCUAAUCUCUUAGCCUCCAUAAGAUAAAGUGUAAGAUACGUGAUAGAUUCGCGAGUUUAGUAUCGUGAGAAAUAACCGGAAUAAAAACAGCCUACGUUCUCGUGUGACAUACAUACAUUCCGCGUUCGGCACUCAACACGCGCGCAAAAGACAAACCAGGACGACCGUCCGGAAAACGCAUUUCCCGCGGAUCUUUGCAGCACUCGACCCCUCGAGUUCGAUCGAACGUUCAAUUUUUCCUGACCCUUUUUGUACGAAGCAACAGAUGUAUCGAUAAUAAAAUACUGAACACA